CCAGUCUCAGUGUUCUUAACCGUGAUUAAUAUAAUAUUAAUAAUAACAAGACGAAAUUGCCGCGGAGAAUUAAAUUAAAAUAGCCGUAACGUUUUCGUGAUCGGGUAAGUUAAAAUUGAAAUAAUAAUUAUUUUUAAAUUAAUAUUUGAUUAGAUUUAAUUUUUUUGCGAAUAAAUUGCAGCGUACCCGCAGUAAUUUGACAUAAUUUUAUAAUAUUUAAUUAUAAUAUGAAAACGUAUAGGUAACAGUUGUGUUUUUUUUUUAUUAUUUUCAGAACAUUAAAUUUAUAUAUGCGAUAGGUGUACUCAAUUUAUACAACAUUAUUUUUUUAUUAUUUCUUAGAUACAAUAUAAUUGGUUAGGUUAGAUUUGUCUGGAUGAAAUCCUUGGUAAAUUUAUAAGUCGCGUGCGGCAAUGAGGAUUCAAUUAAAUUAAGAUUUGUUUUUUUUUUGACUUGUGAACAUUUUAAAAGUAAAUAGGUACGCAUCAUUAAUAGGCAGAACAUGCAGUUCUUAAAUUCGUACGAUAGAUUUUUCAAAAAAAAAAAAAAAAUAUAUAUAUAUAUAUAUAAUGAAAUAAAUAAAUAUUAAUCAUAAAACAAAUCUGCAAGAUUUGAACAUUGUAUCGAAGAAAAUAUACUUAAAUUGUUUUAUUAAAAUAUAAAACACGCAAUGUUGAAGUGUUUAAAUUUAAACAGAUAAUUUGUAUUUAAUUUAGAUUUUUUUUAUAGUUUAAAUUUAUCGCUGUUUAGGACAAGACAUACGAAAACAAUUUUAAUAUACUAUUACGUUUAAGUACUUAUUUGAUUUUUAAAAAUGUCGACAUUUUGUUAUAUUUUACAAACAUAUUUCUGUAAUGGUUGUAUACGUUUUAACAUUCACACAUUAAAUAUUAAUACUUAAAUUUUAGAAUAAUAUAUAUUAUUUUAACUUAUUCCGCGCGUAUACAAAUAUUAUUUUUGUUUACAAUUAUUUGAAAUCAAAAUAAAAUGAGAAUAAUUUAUUAUGUUAAUUGUGCGCUAUUAAAUAAUUUAUUUAUUAAUAUAAUUUUGUCAUAGUUAUAAUAUUUCGAUUUAUUUUUAAUAUAAUGUUAAGGUGAUGGUUUUCCAAAUUGUCUAAUAUUUUUUAUUUCGAUGACCACAAUACUGUUAAGACUUUUUCACAAUUUUCCGACUGAUGUCCAUUCGGGUCGUUUUUACGGACGAAAAUUAAUACGAUAUUUUGGACCGAUAUCUAAACAAAACUGUAGGAAUUGCGUUUAGCGGAUUUAAAUAUCGAAUGCGUUUUACGAUACGUCAAAUUUUGAUAUAAAAUGAUAUUAUAUAAUUUUUAUAAUGUACCUUGAAAUCUAUUAUUUUAAAUAUAAAUUAUUUUUAUCAUAAAUAAAAGGCAAAAUACUUACAGUAAAUGUAUGAAUAUUUUUCAAAAAUAUACAAUCGAAUUUCAUUACGGUUUCCAUAUAGCAAAUUAUAUUUCUAUUUCCAACAUACCCUCGUAAAGAAAAUAAAAAAAAUCAUAAUCAGAUUUCAAAACUGAAAUACGUCAAACCUAAUUGUUACAAUUUUGUCUAGAUUUUCGGUCCAAAUAAACUAAAAUAUUCACCGUCGCACCAAUCUCCUUAACGUUUUUGGAAAUAAAACGUCAAAUUUGUAAAUUCAAUUUGCCACGUUAUACCACGCGUUACGUACAUUAUUAUACAUACUAUGUCUAACUAUGACUAAUUAACAAAGUUUAUAUUCUUCGUAUUAUCCUCAUUUCUCAAUUUGUUUAUAAUUAUUUCUCGAAACAAUAAUUAUAAACAAGAAUAGAUUGAUCUCCACGUGCAGUGGUUUUUAAAUAAUUAACAUUAUUAUUGUUAUGAAAUUUAAAUCAAUAACGCAAUUUUAUAAUCAUUUUGUCUUGUACACCGUGAUUAAUGAAACCCACGAGAAGUGUCUUGUCCGAUCUAUUUAACAUACCGUCCGUUUCAACUAAUAAUUUAUAACAUACUGCAAAAUAAUAUCGAAAUAUGUAUAAAUAAUUUUCUUUCGCGAACGUAAUACAAUGUCGGACCGUUCGUUUCCGAGACUAUAUUGUUAUAGAGAAGUGGAGGCAAUAUAACUUAACCUAUCAUAUUUGUAACAACAUCACGUCGGUAUUAUUUGCUUAAACUCCGAACAAAUUAUCGAUUUUACGCGGAAAUAUAAUUCGCAUUAAUCGUAUGCCUCCGUAUUAAUUAAAGUUACUCAUACGCAUUAAUAUACGUAUUAUUUUACCAUAUUACCUACCCAGACGCGCGGCGGGAGGACGGGGUGUUUCGGGGGGUUUUGAAACACCUCCCCCGCGGCCGUAUUUAAGCCAAACAUAAUAUAUUGCUAUAAUACUAAAUUAUACAGGUACUGAACGCUUCGGGUUCUUACAAUACGUGUAGAGUGUUGCCUACUUAGAUGAUUAAUCUAUGAUCGCGUUAUAAUUAUUAUUUAUUAAUGCGAUUUUAUGACUCCGUGGAGGAUGCGCGACGGCGACCCACAAGUUGUAUAUAAAUAUAAAAUUACAACACACCUAUCCGCUCCAUUCUAAAAGAAAUCCUGGCUCCGCACCUGUAAGUAUAAUACACCGUUCGAGAAUAUUAUAUAAGUUCCGCGAUGUAUAUCGAUACAUUAUGGUAUUUUUUAAAAUACCGCGGUUGUGAUUUUUAACAAGGUAUAACGUCGACGUACGUUUUCUACAGGGCCUAAUUUUUUGUAACAUUCCGUAUUGCACACUUUCCAGUUUACACCAUAAAUUCAUGGUCGCAAAAUAAAAUUUGCCCCCGUACCCUUAAAUACAGUAAGUUCGCUAAUUUUUCUACCGUUUACAGUUGUUAACAAUUUUUUUUUAAAUAAAUAUUUCCAGGUUUAAACGUCACCAAGGAGAAAUGUACGGCUAAUGUAAGAAGUAAACUUAAAAAAAAAAAAAAAAAAAAAAAAAAAUAUUACAUAAUAUCAACUAGUUUGCACUUUAUUUAUACACUAUUCUUUCAACAAAUUUGUUUAAAUAACGUUCCUCUGUGUUUAAUUCCUUAUUCAAAGUCAGCAAACUAAUUCUAAUAAGCAUUAAGAAAACAAGUUUUAAAACAUCAUAAUAAUACAUAACAAAUUUUAAAAUACUUUGUAUUUGAUCAAUCUCUUUGGUAUACUUAUUCUAGAUUUGUUAAACAAUUCAAAACUACUAUAACAACAAAAUAUAGUUUAGAUAUAUAUUUUCUUAUAACACUACACGUUUUAUAAUUCCGUGCUACACAUUUAAUAAUUUCGUACUACACACAACAGAUUUGGUAUUACAUACAAAAAUAGGCCCUGAUUUUUUAUAAUUUUGCGAAAUUUUAUUUCGGACAUAAUUUUUAUAGCGUUUUAUCAUAAUUAAUACCUAUCUAAUACUGUUGCGAUUUUGGUCCGAUAAUAAUUUAUUAUGACAUUUCGUGUAUAUUUCAAACAUUGUUUUCAGUUUUAAGCAUAUUGUAUUGAAGUCGUUACGGGAAGGCCCGUAUUCCCGUACAGGCGGAUACUUGGUUUCAACAAAUAUAAACUUCGGAAAUAAAAAUUGUUUUUUACAGUUUUAUUACAUUGGUUGUAGCCGCAAACGCGCACCUAGGAUUUUUACGCCCCGGGGUUAAAACAACGUAAAAUAUUUCCUUUGUUUUUCUUUGAUUUCUCUUUCAUCUAUAAAAAUUGCCACCUUGAGUCAUUUAAAUUUUAUCGCUUUUGAAAUUUUGCAGUCCAGGGCAAUCGUCCGCUUCGCGCCCCACCCUAAACGAGCCACCGGAUAAGUAUAUAUCCCGCGGUCAAAUGAUUUUGACAUUAUGGGGGGGGGAGGGGGGAGUAGAUGAAUUUGAUUUUUAAACUGUCAACAAGCAUCAUAAUAUUUGAUAGCGAUAAUAACAAACGAAAUAUAUUAGUAUAAGUACAUUAUCAAACGGAAACAAAUUAUUUUUUUUUUUAAUUAUCUUAAUGUGUAGGUACCAUACACAGUACACCAGUGCCUACCCAAGUGCUACGGUCGAGUAGGCACUGGAAAUAACGUGCACAGGGUGCGUUAAAAAACAAAAUAAUAAUUCCGCGGGCUUUUAAUUUUUUUUUUUUUCUACAAUGUACGGGUAUGUAAUUAUGAUUUACAUACGCCUAUAGUAAUACGUCCGACGCAUAACGAUAUAAUAUAAGAAAGAAAAUAAAAAAACCCCCCCCUCCCUCCAAUUAUUUUACUAAUACGUAACAUAACGCGCUGAAAUACAAUAUAAUAUACGUAUGUUUUCAUAGUGGAACGAGGACCGCAUUAAUAUUACACUCGGCGCGGCGUAUUGAUUGGUUUGGUUUGGUUUUUUUUUUUUCGUUUUUCUUGUUGUUGUUGUUGUUGCGUACAAUAAUAACGUUUUCUCUUUUACGAAUAACAAUAAUAGCGAUUUAAUAUAAUUCCCGAUUAUUAGAAUUGUACUCUAGACGGUGGGUACCUGUGAUACGCAAUAAUAAUUUAUAGCGAGUGUUGUACGGAGUGCGCGACUGGCUUAUUAUAAUAUUGUGUUUGGCAGUGGGGUACGGGUGUAAUGCGGCCCGCGGUCAUUUCCGAUUAUAACAAUAAUAUACGGGAGCGCUGUGUCUGCGGUGAUUGCUGCCGGUCGGCUUAGGUGCGUAUCGCACAAACGUGAAUAAUUCACCACCACCCCUCCCCCCCACCGCCGCCGCCUCCGCCGCCGCCGCCGCCGCCGCCGUCACCGUCUCGCCCCUCCCGCCCCGCGCGCGCGCGUCGUUAUUUUGCAAUAACGGUAUUAUGUACGCGGACGAACGGUUAUACGGCGUUCGUGUGUUUUAUGCACGUGAAAAUCAACCGACAAGGUGUACGAAACGUAUACACCUGGAGGUAUAUACGGUGCAAUGACAUAUUAAUUCGUGUAGGUAUACGCGCACGGUUUACCGGAACGCGUUGUCGCGCUUGAUACGUGCGCGCGCGGUGGGAAAGACAAUUAGAUAAAAAAAAAAAAAAAAAAAAAAAAAAAAAAACGAUUUGUCAUCAAAAACCCCGGCCGGUGAAAAUAUGUUGUUUGAUCGAUAUACAGUGUAUUAUUAUUGUUUAGCGGGCCCGUGUAGGUGACAAUUUUAAUGUCGGAUAAUAUUUCGAUAAUGCAUAUUCUUAAAUUUAAACGCGUCGCGUCGAAACACGCUCAUUAUUUCUCGAUCCAUGUGUUAUUAUUAUUAUUAUCAACAAACGGGUAAGUACAAACGUACCUUUUGACUUAUAAUAAUAACAAUUAUUGCACGUAUUACGCGUCGUAGGCAGAUAAUAAAAUACAGUUACACGUCAUCGUGUCGUGCUUUACGCGUACAGAUAGGCGUUUGGUCCUCCGGAGCCGAAAGACACUGCCUACCCACAAAAUACCCGAAAGAACUUUAAUCGUUUCGCGAACAAAACACAAUUUUUUUAAAUCGCUUUGUUUACUCGAUCCUUAUCAAUCAACAGUAAACAAAAAUACCGUAUACGAGCCGGCACAAGCGAAAUCGCGUGUAGAUUUGCGCGAUCAGUUACUGUUUUUUUGCUAAGUACAGAUGUAUGUUUGUUACUGCUCUAAUAAAUAUUUAAAUUUUGUUUAGCUUAGGCAUUGACAGUGUGUGACGAGAAAAAAAAAAUGCAUUUUGUAUAGUUGAUGAUUAGGUUGAAAAAUAUAAACUGCGUAAUUAUUGAUAACAAUAUAAUAUUAAUAUUAUGUCGCUAGUUGUAUCCUGCAUAUUUUAUUAUAAUUUUUUAUAAAUAAUAUUAUAUAAUUAUGAGGUCGUAUAACAAUAUAUUAUAAAACAGGUUAAUAGUAAAACUAUUAACUAUACUUAUACGUUCAAUGUGGACUUUAAUAGCAAAAAAAAAAAAUUAACUUUUUUCAAACUAAGUUGUUAACAUUUUGCAUUGCAUUGCAUUUUAAUUUUUAACUUCACUAGUUAAAUCUGUAUAAACAUUAACAGUUAACUUUUACUUGAAGGCACUUUUGUACAUUUAACUUAAUUUAAACUAGUCAAUUAUUUUCAUUUACUUACCCACAUUUGCGGCUAUAUUAUUGAUAUAUUAAUAAAUAGGUAAUAAAGAGUAUUUCAUUUAAGAGUGGGUACACUCAUUAUCUUGAAAAGUAUUCAUUUUUUUCUGAAUUUGUUUUAUAGAACAUUUCAGAAACAAGCAGCUCUACAAUUGUUAAUCACACAUUUAUUUUUAUUUUGUUUCAUCCUUGUUUUUUAUGGUAAAACUUAGUUUUAAUUUUCAAAUAACAACUUAUGUUGAAAAUUCAAUAAAUAGAUGGAAUAUUAGUUAAAGUAAAUUUGGUGUUAAAAUUUUUGAUUUUCGUCAAUCCGUCGAAGACAUAUUCUACUUUUGAGUUUGGGUCGGGAGAGAGUAGUAACAGGGCAUCAUUUGCGUGGCAGCAUAGUGCGCGGCGUUUUAAUGAUGCACUACUACUCUCCCCUGACGCAAAUAUAAAAGUGGACUUUCUCGAAAAUACAUUGACGGAAAUAAAAAAUUUGAACACCAAAAUGUUUUUUAACCUAAUCUACCUUAACUUACACCAUCUAUUUAUAAAAUUGAUAUUAUAUAGAUUGUCAUUUGAAAAUAAAAAUUAAGAAAUAGUUUUAUCCCCAAAAAUAAAUGUGACAAAAAAUAGAGCAGCUUGUUUCUGAAAUGUUCUAUAAUACAAUUCUGAAAAAAGUUAAUACUUUUCGGGAUAAUGAGUAUAUAUAAAUUGAAUAACUUUAUGCACCUUACUUUCCAAAUUUUUCACCUAUAACAGUGCCAUAUCCAUCAGCAGUAUACCAGAUAUUUUUGUUGUUUGAUCUAUCCGUGAAUAGUAAUUAUUUUUUCCAAUUAUAUAUUUCCUUUUUUUAAUUACGUAUACAUUCGAUUAGUUCAUAAACGGUAAUUAUUAUAACGAUUUAUGAUUUGUUAUAUUGUGUAAAUAAAUAUUUGCUUGUACUGUGUGUUAAUGUAAUACAUUGUCUAUAUUAUCAAAUAUUAUGAUUUAAACUAAACGUUAAUUUACGAUUUGCUUAUUAAUACUACCUACAGGAAUUAUCGACAUUUUAAUUUUGCUAUUUUGUUCAACUUUUUUGUAGUUUUAUUUUGUUAUAAUUGAUAAUUUAUGGUAAUCUCCGUCCCUCAACACACUGCCAAUUUGAAUUAAAGUACGAAUCUACAUUAUACACAUUCUAUCCAUUUCAAUUAGGUAUUAAAGUAUACUACACAGGUUUUCGUAUUUCAUGCUAUAAUUGCUUAAAACUUAUAACUGCUUAAUUGAUAAAACAAAAGAGUGAGAGGAGGGAAGUGAAAAUAUAGAUUUAUGAAAAAUAUAGAAACAAAGUUUUAUUAUUUUAUGUCUAAGUAUCUAUACUUAGUUAUUAUUAUUUAAAUGAUAUUUUGAAGAGUCCAACGAUAAGGUAUAAAUAGGUACCUACAUGUUAAAAUAUUAUUUGAUGACACUGAUGAUAUUUCUAAGCCAAAUAUAAACGUGCCCUUGGAGUUAGUGUUAGUUUCAAUGCAAAGUAACGUGCAUUCAUUGAUUACUUAUGUAGGAUAACAAAUAUAAUUGUAUAACUACGUCACUCAAAAACGUAUAUAGGUACUUUUGAUAUUUAAAACAUGCGUUUUUCGCUUCAACGACUUUAUUAAUAAUGUCGCAUUCUACGUCGAGAGUGAUUCAUUAUCGUAUUCGAAAUUAUUAUAGUAUGUUGAUUGAUUAAUCAGUUUCUGCCCGAACUUUUACGACGCCAAUUAUGAUUAUUAUUGUUAUUAUGAUUAUUAUUAUUGACGUCUUUGGCGUCGGCUACAAAGUUUUCUUUAUUAUUCAUGCUUAUAUAUAUAUAUUAUGUCUAUAAAUUACUGCAGUUUAAAUAAAGACAAACGCAAUUUAUAAUUAAUUAAUAAUAAAUAAAUAUGUGAUAACAUCUAAGAAACGAACCGAAUAAUAUUAUUGUAAAUUUUGUUGUAUUUUUUUCUUGCGUAUAACAAUUAAAUCUAAGUUGUUCUUUUAAAGCUAACGAUAAAUAUAAUUUACUAAACAUGUUUAAAUGCUAUUAGAUGCACGUACAUAAGUGUAUGAAUUUGAUGUACUCCACUGAUUUUAGUAAAAUAAGCAAUUAUUCACUAAUCAUAUUAUUUAUACAAAUUAUAUAAUGAAUAUUUUUAGUAAAGAUAAUAUCCUUUAUAAUAAAAUAUACUUUAAAAGUAAGUAUCUAUAUUGUACGUACAGUUAUACUUGUACUAACUGUUCAAAAGACGACAAUAAUGAUUUAAGUUUUUUUGAUUUUGUUUUUUUUUUUUUUUACGAUUAGAUAUGUUUGAACGUUUUACUCAUGGGGCUUAUCAAAAGUUUUACUUAUAGCGGUAAAAGAAAAAUUAGUGUGACGUAACAGUUUUAUUUAUAAGCUAUAAAGCUCAAAUUUUAAUAGAAAUCAUAAAUAUCGAGGCAUUUCGAAAGAUAUUUAACCUAAUUUCAAAUUCAUUUUUUAUUAGCAGUGGUAGGUAUAUAGUUGUCAACAGAUAUAAAUCGAAUAACUUUACGUCUUGUACCUUACCAAAUUCCUAUCUACAGCAGUGAUACACCAAUCGACAGUAUCAGCUUUUUUUAAAAAUUCUUGUAGGUAUUAAAAAGUAAUUCAACUAACAAUAUAAAGAUAAUACAAUACUAAUGAAUCUGGAGUGAAUUUGAAUGACUUGCCAUUGAAUAGGGAAUGGUGUAUUUAUUUAAUUUUGUUGACUGGCAUAGUUUUAGGGCCAAAGCUACGCUAGAAAAAGAAGAAGAAUGGGAAUAUGAGAUUAUCACAAAAUGCAAUUUUACUAACUUAAUAAGUAUUUUUUCUUUACCUAUAAAGGAUAAAAUAAAUAGAUAAUGUAUAUUUUUUUUAUUACAUAUUAUAAAAUCGUAUUAUGCAGUAAUUUUGACCAUUGGUUAUGCAUGGAAAGAUUAAAAGUUUAAUGGAGCGGUACAUUUUUUUAUAAUCCGUCGCGCGGCGUUAAAAACAAGUACCAAUUUAUUUACACAUAAAAUUGUAUGUCGUUUUCAAUAGUUUUAAUGAAUAUAAUAGCCAAUUUUAGUAUUUUGCAUUCACCCUCAUAUUUUGUAUUCUGAACUAGGUAUUGAGUACUUAUAAUAAAGUUUUGUAAUCAUAUAUAAUAUUCGUUUUUGUUAUCAGAAAAUACUUUAUUUGAAGAGAACACAUUCUGCCUGUUAAAUUGAACAUUUUAAAUAUUAAUCACGAAUGGCAAUUACUUAGAGAACAUACGUUUAUUGAUUUAUUAAUAGUUUUUUCUGAAAUAAUGUAAUAGCAAACAUUCAAAUUAAAAUGUUGCAGUGCUCUUUUUCUUCUUUAUGUUUAUUCUUACGUUUUUAAUAUUCAAAUUUUACCAGAUUGAAUUUGUACAUCAUUAUUUUCCUGGAUUUUCUGCACAAGUGUGCAAAUCAUUUACAACAUCAAAAUUAAUACAUGAUGAAAGCGAGCAUUGCAAGCCUAUGCUGAAUUGCAGAAUAACUUAGGGCAUUAAGACGUUCUUGUCCAGUGGAAGCUAGUUGCAAAGUUUUAAGUUGGUUUCCUAGCUUACAUAAAAACUAUUUCUGUCUUUGACCCACAAUAAUCUGUUAUUGGUAGGUAGCAUACAUAAUAUUUCUAAAGUAUAGCACAUUUUUUUAUAGAAAUUUUGUCUAAAAUUUGUGGUAAAAGUAUUAUUCGUUCUGUCUGAAAACUAAUUUUUAAUUAUAUUACAAUGACAUAUAUAGCAGAUAUUAAUAAUUAUGAACACUAAUAUAGUAAUAAUUACAACAUGAUUUAUCUAUACACAGAGUAAUCUAUCAAUUACAUUUUUUUUCUGAAAUUAGGUAUAAGAUAUACAUAGUUACGGGUAAUUUUUAAACUCAUAUAAACAUGAUGCAUUAAACUUUUUAAAUAAAAAUUUAGUGGAAUUUUCCACAUAGUUUUUGUUCAUUUAAUCAGCGUUUGAACGGUUUGAUUUUAAAAUAGAAAAUAGUUCCCUACAAACUUUGACGUAGAGGUAUAUCGAAUAAAAUAUAUGGCAUAUUAAUUAUAAAUAUUUAAAGUUUGUAAGAGGAAUAGAGCGGUGCAAUUUUAAAUUAUUCACUUCUUCUCAUUACUCGUCUUAUCUAAACUUGAAGGAAUUAUUAUUUCAUCGGUUUAUCGAUUUAAUUUAUAUAGGAAAAAUAGCAAAUUGAAUUUAAUAAUGACUUUUGGAAAUUAUCAAUGAUAGCGAUUAAAUAUUUCUCAGACUAUAUGUAGCUCGAGUUCGAGAUAUUUGAUGAUUUUGCUGCUUUAAGAAUAUAAAUUCGUAAAGUUUUUCCGCCAUUUAAAUUGGAGAAUUUUUCUUUAUUACGCUGAUCAUCUCUAAGCGGGUCAUUUCGCGGUUCGUUUUAAUUAAAAUAUAUGUUGUUACUUAUACACGUAGCUUUUAGAAUUUCGGAAAAACGAUAGAAAUAUGUACACGAAUAAUAAUAGCGUAACGUAUAAUAUUAUGGGCAUAUGGGGGUAAGUAUAACAAUUUUGAUCUCGACGUUCGUUAACUGACUAAUUUUCAUUUUUUGUGAUUAAUCUCGAUUCUGAUUUUAAUUUAUUUCAAUCUGAAAAUAAGUUUAGUUUCAAUAUCAUUACGUUACAAUGGAAUAUGUUUCAUAUAAUUUCCUUCAAUUUCAAAAUUUUAAAAUUUUAAAUUAAACCCACACAAGCGUUGAUAUUCAUUUGAGCUCAUUAAUAUACCCGAAGAAGAUUUUCGGGCCAGGAUAGUAUCAGUGAAGAAUGGAGAGGGAGAGAAAAUGAAGAAUUCGAGUUGUUGUUCCAGAAUAUAACCGCUUUGAAUGAGAUAAAAAUGUGAAGAUUUCAGUGAGCAGGACAUGUCUGGAGGAGCCAAAACGAAUUAAUAAAAGCAGUGACGGAAAAAAAUCCGUAUGAGAAAAGACCAUUUGGAAGAACCUAAAAAAAGAUGAGAAAACUUACUUAAAAAAAUGUGGAAACACAGGUGGAAGUACAAAUUGAAAAGAAAGAGCUCCGCUCAGAAUCGAAAAUGUGCGUAUUUCAAGUUUUGAUUGCCUUUAUGUCCAUAUAUGUUUAUAAUCUCCAUUCAGGGCCAAAGGUAGGAAAAAGCACGGGGGAGUGAUGCACCCUCAACUUGAAAGUUUAGAUUACUGAGUCAAUAAUUCAACGAUAGUUUAAUUUUCAUUUCGAUAAAACUAAUAAUUCCUUAUGUUUUAUUUUCUUGUAUAUUUUUAUGUGAUUACACCUUACACCGUUGUAUUAUUUUGGUCAAAUUUAUUUACUAUCAAAGGACAACAGAAUUGGUGGCAACAUUUGUUUGAAGUCAGUAAAUUUUCAUAGGUAUUUGAAGUUAGAAAAUGUUCAAUCACACUUCUCCGUAAUUUUUAUUUAGGGGUUUAUUUUUUGGAUUGAUAACAUGAUUUAUGGGAAAUCUUAUGCCUCGUUGUAUGGUCCGCUUUUUAUGAUUGUGUUUUUGUUGGAAAGAGCAGCCUCUCUCUAAAACUCCGUUUUUUAAUAUUUCCAAGUUUUAAAAUAAAUGUUUAAAGAAGGUUGAUUUUUGUCUUUUUUACUAUACAAUAAUGUAUACCAUUUUAGAUUUUGAGCGAAGCAAGGAAUGCAUUGGUUUUACAAUAUUGUUUAUAUUUUUUUUGUGAACCACUUUUCUGACAGGAAAUUUCAUCAUGCAUUUUCAAGCGGUUUCUAUAUUCAAUCAAAAUUGUGGGAAACGUGAGGAAAACGGGAAAAUUUACAAAAAUAACUAAGUUAGAGUAUAGGCUUUCACAUUUUAAUAUUAAAACAGUUUAAUAGUACAAAUCAGUUUUCAUAUAAAAAAAAGUAUAAAUAUAACGACAUUAUUAAGUUAAAAAAGUAAUAGGUAUAUGUUGUUACCGUAUUACUAUCAAUAAUAAAUUAUCCCACUAAAAAGCGAUAAUAAUCUAUGAAAAGUAUUUAAAUAACAGACUUAAUAUUUUAAGAAGACAACAUAUAAUUCCAUUGCAUUCAAAUGGAAAUUGAAUAAAGCUAUAAAUAGUGUAAUAAAUGUUAAUUUAUUUAUACAUGCCAAUAUUUUACUAACUUCAAUCAGUUACACGUUUAAUGUGUAUAAUAAUACAACACAAUAAUAUAAACCGGAUGGUCCAUUUAAGUGAGUACACUCUUUAUCUCGGAAGGUAUUAACCGGAAGGUAUCCGAAUUUAUUUCCUAGAACGUUUUGAGAAACAAGCAGCUCUACAAUUUUAUAUUAACGUUAUUUUUUGUCAUCCUUAUUUUUGAAAGUAAAACCACUAGGUACUUACUUUUAGAUUUUCAAAUGGCAACCUAUAUUAGAAAUUUCAUAAAUAGAUGGAGUGUUGGUCAAAAUAAAUUUGAGUGUUGACAUUUUUGAUUUCUGUCGAGCCGUUGACGAGAUAUUCCACUUUUAAGUUUGGGUUAGAGGAGAGUUGGUGUGUUAUUAAAACACCACACGCCGUACCACCACACAAAUGAUACUCUACUGCUCUCCUCUAAUCCAAAGUUAAUCGCAAGUUAUUCGCAAUUAAUCGCAGUUCAAUGCGAUUAAUUGCAAAACGUUGUUUACGAUAUUGGUUUACGAACGCAAACAUCGUGGGGAAAUUGCACGGCGACAAAAGUCGUCACACGAGUACGGUUAUUGUCGCAAAGUCGUCAAUUUCGUCCGUAAAAACGGCUGUAUAUUCGGUGGCGGGGUGUCGGGGUGGAGUUUGUGGGGGGGGGGGGGGGGGGGGGGGGGGGGGGAGGGUGAUAGAAGAUGCGGUCGGUAUUGUAACGUGUAACGUAGGCGACCGCGGUGCACGGAACAUAAACGGAACAUUUUUAAUAACUACAAUGCCACACAGGUACGUAAUAAUUUACAAUACAUACCGCGUCGGUGCAGUUUUAUCAUUAUUUUCCGUAUUCGGGCGGAAUUUCUUCACGAAUAGCAAUAACAAUAAUAAUAAUAAUAAUAAUAAUAUUCGAUAAUACCGCGCGGAGAAGAAAGUUUUUGUUUUUCGCGAGAAAUAUAAAAUAAAAUAUAUUUACUCGGCGGCGGCGUACAACAUUAAUGGUUUUUACAGAAGAGGCUCGCGACGACUCCCGGAUAUCGUAUUUAUUAUUGACGGUGGGCGCGUAUGCGUAUUUAAUAUAAAAUGCCGCCGCCGCCGGUCUCCCGUUACCCGUUGGCGUAAAAAUGCCAAGGGCGUCCGCAGCCGCCGCCAAAGGGGCACACAUACAACGCGCUGCGUUAUGGUUAGCGGAGGACUUGCGUGACGGAAUGGCGGAGGGACGGCACUAAUAUAACGGCGUGUAUUAUGGUGCGCGGGCUCUCCGGCGGUGCCGGCAGAAGUGUACGGUUUUUGUGGCCGGCGACGGCGGCGGGUGUAAGAAGUACGAAGUGUAUAAUAGCGCGGAGGAAUUAUUCUCGUCGUCGUAUAUAUAUAUAUAUAUAUUAUAUAUACGGAGAAGAAUGGACGCGCGCGGUAAUCGUCAUCGGUGAUGAUUCGCGCACGUUUAGGUAUUCAACUUGCCCGUGCGGGCACUAUACAGACGCCGCAUUCUUUUACUUAUUUUUUUUUUUUCCUUCACGCCGCGGCCUCUUAUCCCCCCCGUUAACUUUUCGUCUCCAAAGCCAAUAUCUCUAACGUUGAACAAUCAUUAGCGGUCGGCCGGGAAGCAAUAAACGCCGCCGGCGUCGUCCUCGUCUACUCGUCGUUUCUCACUUAAGCGCACAUAAUAUAAGCGAGCGCGCGCGCGUGUGCGUCAAAGGUACAUACCAUUUAAAGGGACACCGAGGACCGGAGCUCAAAGGGGAGAGUGGACGCGGAACGUAUAGCCCCACUAUAUCGAUGAUGAUCGUGACUGUGGAAUCUCGGGAAUCCGCCGCCGCCGCCGCCGCCAUCGACGGCGACGACCGGAAUAAUAAAAUUUAAAAAAUAUUUAAGACAUAUUACCCACCGUCGUCAUCAUCAGCGCCUGCGAAACCCCGUGUGUAAAGGCGGUAUGGUGUUCUCGCGCGUCUCUCUUAUUAAAUUAUAAUAUAAUCGUCGUCGUGCAGCUCGACAUCAAUAUAAAUAUUAUAUAUAGGUAUAUACACCUUCAUACCUAUACACCGGUGGUUAUUCUCAUUUUCUCAACAUUUUCGAGCCCGCGACCCCCUAUACACGUUCCCCUCCGGAACGGCAUCUGCAGGAAUGACGGCGAUGCCCGUAUAGGUAAUACGUUUAUAAUCGUAUUUAAUUAUAACCAGUGGUUUAAGCGGGGUGGAGGGACGGAAGGCGGACACUGAAUGGGUGCAACACGAUUGCGAACGAAUCGGUCGGUGGUCGUCUGUAUUGGAAAAUUUCUUUCUUUUUUCCUAUUUCUUUUUCGCCGAAAAACGAACGAUUGCGAACGGUUUUUUUUUUUUUUUUAGGCUACAUUGCCAAGUAUAGACGGUGUACAUUUUUCUGUACAAUAUGUUUUAUUCUAUUCGAGGAUUUAAUGUUAUACGUGUUAUAACAUUACAACUGCGUUGAAAGACCUAAAUUAAAACGAUAAGGAAUUAUUGUGUUUAGAACAAUGAUCAAUUAAAAUUUUUUUUUUUUUGUUUGAAAUAUAUUAUACGACACGAACGAAUCACGAAUAAUACUGCACGACUAUACGAAUCGCGCCGGUUCGCCAUCGAAUUAAUACAAAUCUAAGACAAGUAUGUUAGUAUUUGUUCUACAUCGUAUCUUAUCACACGGCAUAAUAGCAGAAAACCAUUGUUGUUAACAUAAUAUGAUUUGACUAUAUGAAAGCAAACAAUUUAAACAGACAACAUUAAAUCCAUUAGUUAAAUAAUUAUAAUUGACAAACGCCAAAUCUGGCAACGCCGCACGAAAAAAAGCAAGUAAAAACGUUCGCAAUCCUGUUACGGACAAAGGUCCGUUCGCAAUCGUAUAUCACCCCAGGGGCGUCUUCAGACAUUGAUUAUAGGAGGGGGAGGCGAAAUAAUUAAAUUUAAUAAUAAUGAUUGGUAAAAAGAAAAAGACGGACACACUUCGCACGAUGAGUGAACCACUGUUAUAGAUGAAAAGUUGGGUAGGUAGGAUAUUGAGAGAAAUUUAAUGUAUAUCUGUACCUGAGCAAAUUUAAACAUUGCCAAAAAUAAAACGAUUCUGAGCAGAGUUCGGUUGAGAGUAUUGCUCAGGAGCGUCUUAGGGUCAAUUCUAUGGGAAGGGGGCGAACAAUUUUCACUCUUGAAUACUACCGCUUUGGUCAACAAAAACUUAAGGCCUUUAUGUAUGAUGUCAUUUCAACUUAUAGCUUAGAAGACUGCAGAUAUAUUGUACAAAUGCAGUAAAACAGUAUAAUUUAAAAGUUAAAUUUAUUUUGUUGACAUUAAAUAAAUAAUAAUUAAAAUAAUGAUAUUAUGAAUAACAAAAAUAAUAAUAAUAAUAAUAAAUAAAAGUUAAAUGACCAUGUCUAAAAUAAUUUUAUUUUAAGCAGCGUUUUGCAAGCGGUUUGAUCAACAGUAUUUUCUAUACUUGUUAAUGUUUUCAUUUCGAUGAACACCUAUUUAAAAGUGAUAAGCCAGUUAGCCUCUGCUCAAAAUUCUUUUUUUUUUAUACCACAUAGUACGACUUUUAAUGAAUAUCAUGUUAAAUUCUCAAGUAUUUCUGUUUGGUCUAACAGUUUUAUUCACAGAGUACCUACCGAAUAAAAAUUACGCACAGAACUCGCAAAAUUAAAAUGUCUUUAAAUUGUUCAAAAAACUGUACCACGUCAACAAUAGGCAAAUAUAAGUUUCUGUUCGAAUUUCAAAUUUCUACGAAUAUUUUUAACUGAAUUACAACAAAAACAAAAUUGAAAAUAAUAAAAGCAUUAUUUUCGUAAAUUUCCCCGUUUUUCUUACAUUUUAUUCUGAGUUUCUCUAAUUUUAUGAAAACUGCUUGGAAAAUCAAAAAAUGAUCUUUCUAAAGUGACCGGGACAGCCUGUAUGAUAAUAAAUUCCUUAAUUUAAUCAAUUUGAUUUAUGCGUAUUUAGACUAUGUUUUACUUUAUUUAUACUGAACAGGCACAUUUGUAGAAUAGUAGAUUUGGAGGAGGAGGGGUUAAAAUUUAUUAUUAAAUCCUAUUAGCAUAACAUUUUUAUGAAUAGAUGUGUGUGAGGGAAAACAAAAUAAUUUGAAAUUCUUUACUACGUGAUUUCCUGAAAGUUAAGUUGAGUUUAGAUAGUUCUCGGAACGCUCCUCAAUUAUAGUGCUAAAUAUAGUCUAUGAAGAUUUUUCCCACUUCAAUCACAUUAUUAUUACUUUUUUUUUCAAGGAAAUAUAAAGAUUAUUGUCUUCAUAUUGCAUAUAUUACUGAAUUAGAUUAGUUCAUCAAGAUUUUUUACAAAAAAAAAAAAACAAUUAGAAAACCACAAACAACAUUACUAAUCGUAAUAUAUUUACGUAGGUACAAUUGUCUUAAUAAUAAUCCCCUAUGAUAAUGGGUUAGGUUAACAGCAAAAUAUUUGCAUUUGUUCAAAAAAAAUAUAUAUAUAUUUGUUCCUAUAUUAUAUUACUAUGUACGUGUAUGAAUAAAGUUGACAUUUUUUACGAGUUAAAUUUUUAAACAUAAAAUAAAUCGUCGCCUGCCCUAUCUUUAUGGGCGAUUUGUUUACACGUGCGUGUAAAAGGUCUAUUAAACUUUUUCGUCAAAGCUGCACCGCCAUCAGUAAAAUAGUAUACGACAAUGUACUUAAACUCAGUAUAUUUGUCAGUAUAAUGUCAAAUCAUUUUUCACAAUGAAUUAAUUUAAGAGACCUAUUAAAAUCCCUCCGAAUGUACAUAAAUGUUUUUAAAUUUAAACAACACGAAAAUUGUCUAAAAAAAAAAAAAAAACCUAAUUGAGUGGUAGGUAUGUUGCGGAUAUUUCGUACACCGUCGUUACACUUCUCGAAUAAGAUACUGUUCAUUAUGGUAGGCAACUGUUGUAGGUGGACAAUUCGGAAUAAAGGAUAAUUAAAUUUUUAUUUGUACUUAAUGAUGAAUCAUUGCUAUCGAAAAACGAUUCCGAGCUAAGUUCGUUUUUUGAUAAACUUAAACGGAUGAUUCAUUUGGAACUACUACAUAUCCAACUACAAUUGUUUCUGUCUCUUUCGUUUCAAAUUUUCUAGCAUUUUUAUAGAAUUAAAAAAACUGCACAAACUUACGCAAAUUACCGUGAUUUGUAUGAUUGUAAACCUAAAAAGUAACCUACAAAAAAACUACUAUUACGUAAGGAUCAAAUUUGUUUCCAUUGGGUACAGCUUAUGAUAAGUCUUGUGUCAUAUUACCAUUUCGAAAAGUUAGACAAAUUUUAUCCACAUAAAACCAAGCAAAAAUCAAAAAAAAAAAAAUCUUGAAUUUCAAAUGGCUAUAAAUAGCUUAAAAAUCGACAGAAUGGUUUAAACUUUUUAUCACAUCCAGAAAUGAUAAUAUAAAAUAUAUUCGGUAAAUUACCGGUUUCUACAGAUAUUUUUAACUGAUUUACAAAAAAAAAAAAAAUAAUAAUAAUAAUAAUAAUAAUAUAGAAGUCGUUAUCACGUACCAGUUUUCCAACGGGUUUUUAUCAAUUAUUAGGAAAAUCACAAAGAAAAUAAAAGAAAAAAACCUUCUCAAUACAUUGUCUAGACAAAGUUUGUUGCCGGCGAUUACUCUUAAAAUUUAUGAAUAAAACACGGAAACUUUUCUGGUAGAAAAACAUUUUAUAGUGAAACCACUAAAACCAAUGCGUUCUUCGUUAUGCCGAGAAUAUAAAAAAUAGCAAACAUGCUGCCAGUACAAAAUAUUAAACGUUUACUUUAUUAUUUAAUUACGAAUUUACGUAAUUCGAAUCAGUAUUAUAUGUAACAUUAUCUAAUAUCACAGGUUAAUAAUAUUACUUCAUUAUAAACAAUCUGUAGAUUUUUCAAGUUGGAUUUCAUAAAAAAUUGUUUUUUAACAUUUUUGUCAAUAAGUUUCACUCCGAUGUUGUCAGCCAUAAUCUUUAUUCUAUUGCUAAUUUUGUCAUUAGACAUGGGUGUAUUUUUUAUCUUGGCUACAUGCUCAUUACCAAACAAUGCAGUACAAAUAUCCAUCAUGCAAGGUUUUAAUAAUUUUUCACCUAUUGUACAUGAUUUUUUGAAUUUCGCUACCAUACGCACAGUCGGCUGCCAAAUAAGAACAUUUUUAAAUAUAUUUUUUCUUGGCUGCGAAAGUAUCGCUCAUUUUUCUAUUUAAUUUAACUCGUGUAGUUUUCCUGAAAUAAACUCACUAGUAUUAUUUUGUUUUGUAUUGAAUGUGAUUUGUUUCAAGACGAUGUAAAACUUACAUAAUUAGGUGUUUUAAAUGUAAAUCGACCGGCAUAAUAUAUAACACGUCAUACAACACGCAUUGAUGCAAAUUAUUACGAUUCUCCCGUAAGUAAGUAAACUCGUAUUCAAAGCAAUAAUUAUAAUAAUAUUGGUAUAUCAGUUUAAAUAUUUUUUCGAAUAAUUUUAUCGUUUUAAUUGUUAGAUUUAUUUAAUUUUCUAACUUUGACACGUUUGAUGUUUCUUGUUUAGUAGUUGAUGGGUAUUUGAAAAAAAAUGUAUAAACAAUACAUUUAUUCACCCAUGAUACGAAAAAUGAUCACGCAGGAAAUUGUUUCCUCGUUAUUUAUUAUUAUUUUUUUUUUUUGGCAAAACUAUAACAAAACAUAGUAAAGGCUUAUUUUGUAUCCUAGAUAUAAAAUAAAAUAUGUCAAGUGUUGUGAUGAACGUUUUUUUUGAUGUAUUGAAGAAUAGAAACGUAGUUUUUUGAAGUGCUUUGGCAGAUUUCAAAUUUAUCUCUGAUCUAUAUUGGAAAAGAUUUAGAAAAUAUUGUUGAUCCAGAACUUUUCCCAGAUUUUUGUCCAAAAAAGUAGAUGUUUAAAUUAAAUUUUAUAAUUUAAUAUUUAUUAAUAUUUAUCAGUAUAUACACUAAUUAUUUUUAAAUAUGUAAAAAGUCAGUAUUUAAAAACACUUCGUUAUAACUUAUAACUCCGUGUAAAAAAAAUUAAAUUUAGUAAUGAUUAAGUCUUUAAAAGACGUGAUGUAAUAUGGAAACUAAGAAAAUGCCAUUUUAUAAUAUUACAAAUACUAAGGACGAAUAAGAUCAUGUAAUCAUGAUCAUGAUUUUAAAGUUAACUACUUAGUCAACAUAUUGUUUAAUUACUUGGCAGGACGUGUAUGUAUACUUAAAUAAAUACGAAUGAGUAAUCACUAUAGUAAAUUAUAGUAAUUAUAGUAAUUUCGUAAAUAAAUUAAUAAUUGAUAAACAAUAUGUUGACUAAGUAUUUAAUUUUAUAAUAAUUGAUCUUAUUAGUCGUCAUAGAUAUUUGUAAUACUAUAAAAUGACAUUUUACUUAGUGUUCGUCAUGUCUUUUAAAGAUUUAAUCAUCACUAAAUUUAAUUUUUUUUAAUUCUGUUAUUUUUUACACAGAGUUAUAACGAAGUGUUUUUGGUGUGAUAUCAGCUAUUUUUUAUAAAAAAAGUCACGAUGUUAUUUGACUUUGUUAAGCCCGAAGGUGAAUUUUGAAUUUGAAACUGGUCGUUAAAUAUAAACCUAAUAACAGAGGGUCCGGAGUCGUCGUCGCCACAGCAACGAAAGUAGUGGGAUAGAUAAGCGGCGGAUCGGGGGGCAAUUAUAUUUUACGUGGUUGUGGCCGUAGCAAAGAGAUAGUAGAUAUUUUUACGAUAUUUUCGUCGAAUACGAAAAAUCGAACUUGAAAGUACUUGCAUAUUUUUGCUUAUAACUUUUAAUCCAUCUAACCAAUCUGCUUGCGAGUUCUCCUGUUUCCAUCUGCACAAUAUUUCCGAUCGAUUGAUACUUUAUAUGACCUUGUAUGUUCAGCCGUUUGGCCUGUAGAACUGGUCAAUGGAUUAACGCAAAUUAGCGCUAUUUUUCAAUGGUACAACUCGGUUUCCUGUUACUAUAUAUGUUAAUGACAACUAUGCUAUUUUUUUUUUGUACUUAGCUUCACGCCACUAUCGUUGCGCUGGAUAAAUUAUAAAAUAGUGAUGUGAAUAUUCAUGUCAGCAUUGUUUUAUCUUUAUUGGUAGUCAUACAAAUUUGUAGCCACCUAGUUAAGUUAAAUUAUUUGUAUUAAAUCAUCGUACUUCAUCAAAUAUAAACAAUUUUUAUACUAAUGAAUUGAAGAAAUUACUUAGCUCAUUUUUGAUACCAUAACUUUUCUAACUUGAGUAUUUUUUUUCUUAGCGCGAGGUUUUUACACUCAGUUUACGGAGGGAUUUUGCUGGAAUUUAAAUUUACAGUAAAUGAAAUACUUAUAAUCAUAGCAACCUACACGAUUUUUAAUCUUAAAAGUCUUAUAAUAUAAAAUGACAAAUGUAAUAGUAAUUAACUAAUAUAAUAAAUAAAGGUAAACAUUUUGUGUUAAACAUCAUUUAGCAAUAUAAAUAUCAUAUACAUAUUUAGAUGUUUUUUAAAUUAAAAUUAUUUAAAACAGUUAACACAAACAACCUUUUUAGGUUUUUCAUUGUUUUUUUGUUAAUUAUACCAACCAAUGAUUAAGUAUCUUGUAUAUUUUAACACAAUAAAAUGCUUAAUACCAUAAUAAAACGAAAUACUUGAAAUUAAUUAAUUAAUUACAUAAAUAAAAAAUACAAGAUAUAAGGUACGAUCGUACCUUUGAUACACAUUAUGUAUCGGUAAUACUGUUAAACUCCGGGCACAAAACCAUUGUACCUAUAGUGUACUUGUACAAAUAUAAAAUUCAAUUCAAUAAAAUCAAAUAAGUAUUAUAUUUGUUCAUUGCGUUAAAGUCUACAAAGAGUAUUAAUAAUUAUCGAAAGGUAUCUUCAUCCACAUUUUGGGUAAUCCGAUAUACGGGAUAACAAUAAUCAUUUGGCUGACACCUUUGAGUACAUUAGUCAUCUCAGUAAACGUAAAAUAUAUUAAUAAACAUUUUCCAGUUUCAAAAGUAUCCUAUUUUAUCGACAAAUAUUUAUUUUUCUGUAAAAGUCAAUAGUGAUAAUGUUAACACAUAAUCUAUUAUGAUUUCUACUUACACUAAUCAUAUUAUUAUACGUGUUGGUGAAUCUAAAUAAUUUUUGAUAAUUAUUUAAAAACAGUUUAAAGUUAAAUUUGAAACACUUAAACAUUAGUGGUCUAUAUCAAAUCAAUAUAAUUUCUCUUAUAGAAUAAUUCUAUUCGUACCAACCUAAAAUAUUACUGCCAUAUUUAAAUAAUUAUAAUAUGUAAAUGUUUUACUAUAUUUUAAGAGUUUACUUCGAGUAUGACCAUACCAACAGCAAAAACUUCGGCGAUGUUCAACAACGGUGUAACCAGUGUCGAGGUCGUGGACAGCGAUAAUGAUGAUUUUGAUAACGAGAAAAACGGAAUUAAAAAUAAAUGGACUCCAACGAUAAACAAAUUUCGACAAUUUUUCUCUUCGCCAUCGACUGCUAUGUCAAGUAAUAAACGUCGUUGGCGUCGGCGUCAGAACAAACAAGACGCUGAAAACGAACAAUGCUAUGACCAAGACGAUGAACAGGACGAUUCUAGUGAAAAUCAGGAAUCGCACCAUCAAAUUGAUGAAGGACGUGCGGUCAGUAAAAGCCGCGAUAUAGAAGAAGAUGAAGACGAUGACGACGAGGACCAGGAUGAAGACAGGCAAGUGCGGAAAAAAAUGCUCAGAAAACAAACCAAGAAAGAAGUCGAAGUCAAAAAAAAAAGUAAAUCGUUUUUAAUUUAUUAUACUUUUUAACUGAAUAUAUGUAGGCAUCUUCUUAUAUUGUUUGUGUUGGAUAUUUUUAUUUUUAGAAAAUACUGAAAUUCGGUUGUUACUGGCUAAGUCAUCUGACGACACUAAAAAAAAUUUAAAACAUAUUGCCGAAUCGACUGCUGUUGUGUCUAUAGUGGACGAAAUUGAUUGUAAAGAAGGUUUUACGUCCGAUCCUAUUGACGGAGAAAGAGAAACUUGGGAGAGAAACGCGGAUUUUUUACUUUCCAUUAUCGGGUUUGCGGUCGACUUGGCGAACAUAUGGCGAUUUCCAUACUUGUGCUACAGAAAUGGAGGAGGUUCGACAAUAAAUAAUAAUAACGAUAAUUAUAUACAUAGUAAUAUAUUGUUUUACUAAUAAUGUUCAUGUUAUAGGAGCGUUUUUGAUACCAUACUUUCUAAUGUUGAUAUUCGGCGCGGUUCCCCUGUUCUACAUGGAACUUAUAUUGGGCCAAUAUAACAGACAGGGGCCGAUAAGCGUUUGGAAGAACGUUUGUCCACUUUUUAAAGGUAGGUACCUAUAUAAUUUGAACAAAAUAUAUUACAAAUAAUGGCAAAUCUUUUAGAUAAAAAUUAAAUGGGCACCUACAAUACGUAUUAUUAUAUUUAAAUUGUAUUGUCUAAAGUUUAGAUAAAUUAAAUAUGUAGUUUAGAUUCUAAAUUACACAUUUAAAUCAGUAAAGUAUAUAUUAUAUAAACAUUAUACAAACAUCAUACAAACAAAUGGUAUUAUAUUUUUAGGAAACACAAACAAAAUAAUACACACAAAUCAACAAAAAUAUACCUAUAUUAUUAAGACGUCGUAUUGUAUAACGACUAUAACGUAUAUAUUUGUAUAACGUUUAACUACAAUUUGAAGAUAACAUCAUAUUACUUACGUUAAAAUAUAUUUCGUUUAAUAUGAAGGGUAUACAGGUAGCUGAAGUCCAUUUUUGAUAAUUGUUUAGCAGAGCAAAACUUUUCUAUUCUGUGGCUAUACAUGAACUACGAGUUUUUUUUAACCAGUAUAAGUAUUUAUAUCCGAUAUUUUACAUUUAAUAUUAUCUGAGUGAAAACUUUUUUCACUGAAUAAAUUUUAAAAUUUGAUAAUAGUUUUUAUGCACCAUCGAAUAAUACUCUAAUAUUAUCAUACAAUUUAAAAAUAAUAAUGGACUAACCUCUCUUCUUCCCUGUGCCCUUCAUAAACGUUUUUUUUUUUUUUUUUUUAGUAAGUAUACCUAUAAGUAUCGUCUAAUCUAUGACAGUGGUUCCCAAACUUUUUUUUACUGUGACCUCAAAAUUAAAGUGUUAACUUAUAUGCGACCCUCUCUUGUAUCGGUAGAUACUUAUCAUUACAGGAAAAUAUAAAAAUAAAGAAAUGCCAUUUCGCAUCGUUAUAAAGAUUAUAAACUAUAAAUACUAGUUCAUUUUAUUUAUUUUUCAUAUUUAUCGGAUUAAAUUGGUUGAAUAUUGUUUAAAAUGCAUGAUUAUUUUUAAUUAACACGGAAAAAAAUAUACAUACAAUUUACAUAGAAUGUCUUAUAACAGUUAAAACACAGUAGUAGGUAUUAUUUUUAAAUUAAUCUAUUAAUGGCUAUUGUGAUGUUGUUGCAUACUGUCCACUAGUUCCUCAAUAUUUGGUUUGAUAUUCAUCGCAAGAGCAAACCACAUAUCAUGUUGUGGAUCAAGUCUAUUUCUAUACUUGGUUUUUAUUACCACUAAAGCUAAAAAUCCUGAUUUACAUUAGUAAGUUUUUGGAUACGGUAAUACAACUUUAUCGGUUUCUCUUUUAAGAAUUGAUUUAUUAUUCAAUUGAGCCCAAAAUUGUGUAAGAUUCUUUGUAGAAAAAUCGUUUUUUAAUACUUUAUUAGCUUGAAGGUCAAAAAGUUCAUCCUGAUAUCCAUUAAUGUCUCCACCAACUUCAUGAACAUUAACAUUAAAUGGGUUUCUUACCCAAAUAUAUUUAUAUAGUUUAACAUUUUCAGAUAAACAACGAUUGAGUUCUUGUUGUAAUUUCGUCAUGUAUUUUUGAAAAAUAUUAGCUAUAUUUUCAAGAUAUAUAUUAUUACUAUACAUUAUUUGAGUCUUCAAGAAAUUCGAUUAGACGUGGAAAUAAUCUAAUUUUUCCACAUAACAGUUUUUCACGCUAAUGUACUAAUUUGAGUUUAAAUGACGAUAUUCGCUCACCAAUAUCGACUGUUGAUUUAUUUUUACAUUGCAUUUCUGUACUUAAACAGCAUAUGCAUUGUGGUCGUACUACACUAAAACAGUAUUUAAUUUCAGUAAAUCCAAUUUUUAAAAAAUCAUCUUCAUAAGAUAAAAUACGUUUAGUCAUUUUUAAUAAAAAAAUAACGUUUUUUUUUUUAAAUAUUACUACACACACGCGGUACAUUCAAGGUCACAACGUCUUAAUAACGCGAAAUUAUUCUAACUAAUAUUUGUCUUUGUCAUUUCAAUUCUUGUUGUUUAAUCAAAUAUAGAUUAAUGUCAACCGAUAUGAUUGUAUAUUAUACUUCUAUAUACAUUCAUAUUGUCAUAGAACCAAUUAUAUCAAAAUUGAUUUGAUCUCUUCCACACAGGUCAAGCCCGUAUUUAUUUUAGAUUCCGAGUGUAGCGAGGGAGUUAUUGGUUUUAAAAUGCUGUUUAUUUCUUCUUCUUUGUUCUAGUCUGUGGACGAGUUUUUUCUUAGUAAACUUGCUCCGAUUUUUACGUGUAGCAACAUAACUAAAAUUUUAAGUUUUUUAGAUGGUACUUUUAAGAGGUCAUUUUUUGAUUUUCGAGGACAUUUUUUAAAUAAAAGCACUCAAGUGGAAAAAAACGUAGGAAAACGUGCAAUUUCACGAUUUCAUUAUUUUAUAAAAACACGGACGACGUUUUCUACCAGAAAAAAUGAUUUGAUCGAAAAAUUACAAGAUACCUUUUUUGUUGCCUUUUUGAUUUACUUUCUUGCAGUAUCAUUGUAAAACUUUUGAGCCACUUUUGAGCUUUAAAUGAAUUUUAAUUUUUGGUAGUUUUUUGUUGUAAUUCGAUUAUAAAUACACGUAGAGACUUGAAACUUGGUAAUAAUACAUAUAUUGGACUUACCUAGACGUGGCUAGACAAUGAUGGUUAAUCAUUGCUUACAGAUAAAUAUUAAAUUUUCCCUCAAUUUCUCACCUACAACAGUAGUCCACCCAUCGUGCGAAGUUUAUCAGUAAUUUUUAUUUUUUAUUAUGUACUGCGUACACAAUUUCUCUAGAAAACCGGUGUAUCAAGUGUAGCAGAAAUGCUUAAAAAUUUGAUAGAAGGAAGGUUCAUUAUAUGUCAUACUUAGUAUACUCAAAAAAAAAAAAAAAAAGGAAUUAUGAAGAAAACUAUCCAACUACAAUAGUGGUCGCACCCGUCUUCAAUAUUAUUUUUUUUAUUAUUAUUAUUAUAUGGCGUACGCUCAACAAAAUAAAUAAAUGUUUCCAAAUUUUCUAUUAUUAAAAGUUUUUUCGUUCUUCUAUUGAUUUCGAUAUUAUGUCCAAUCUAAAAACUAAUGAAUUAAUAUUAAGGGGGUAUGUGAAGCAAUGGUGAGUGGUUAAAGGAUAGGUAUUUGAAAUAAAAAAAUAUUGAGUAACGCUGCUCUAGACUAUAGCUGAAGCAUAUAAUAUUGAAUUUUAUUAAACGGUUGUACGAAAUUUUGUUUUGUUUUUUUUUUUUUUUUUAUGGUAAUUUUUUUCAUAGGAGUUGGAUUUUGCGCCGUGCUGGUCGCUUUUUACGUGUCAUUCUAUUACAACGUCAUUAUCGGCUGGUCGCUGUAUUUUCUGGCCAUGAGUACUACCAGCGGUUCGGGACAGCUGCCUUGGGUGCACUGUAAUAACACUUGGAACACGAACGCGUGCGUUGAACAGAAGGACGACGAUUGGACAGGUGCCUGGAACCGCUCGGAUCUGGAUUACAGUAACUAUAUGCCCAGGAUGAGCGCGAACGGCAGCUUGCUGAUGACGUCGGACGGCACGUCGGCUGCGGGCGGUGAAUUCAGCGACCAGAGUUCGCCGGCGGCCGAAUACUUCCAGUAAUUGAAAUUUUCAAUAAUACAAAUAAUUAAUAUUAAUAACAAUAAUAAUAAUAAUAUGGGCCGUAACGUCCGAAAUUCAGUGACGUUAAAUCAUAACAAUAGGUAAUGUAUAAAUUCGGUGGUUUAUGCAGAGAGACGAGGGCGACAGAUUCCUAUUUCCGGUGGUAAAAUUAUCCAUCACGCCUUUAAUUCAAGUCUUUAAAGUCCAUAAGCACAACUAGGGGGGAGGGCUUGGAGGAGCUAAGUCUUUCCAGAUUUCUAAAUCAUUCCCCCCCCCUCCCCAGUUACGACGAAUAUAGUUAGAAAUGUUAAUAUUUUAUAAUAAUUAUUUAUAUUUGUUUUUAUGACUACAAUAAUGUAAUACAAUAUUAUAUUUUAAAAUUUAAGCAAAUAUAUUUGUUUGAGGCUAUGGCCAACCUCAAAAUUUUUACCUAAGUUGCAUCUAUUAAAAGGACGCUCUUAAUAAAUUCAUUAUUAAAUUGAAUGUAUAUUUCGAUAAUUUUCUAUGGAAUAAGUAUUACGUAUUAGCAUAACCUAAACAAAUGUUUGUGGGAGAAAAACGUUUCGAAAGUCUUGUCUCUGUUUUGGAUUUCCUGAAAGUAUUUGAUUGGGUUUAAAUAAUUAGGUUUGGGGAAUGCCUCUCAAUUUAUGGUAAAUAUAGUCCCCCUCCAAAGUUUUUUCUACUUUGGCCACUGUAUAUAUUCCAAAACUCAAUCGUUUGAUAUUUAAUAUUUACCGGCGUACAAUUUUAUUAAUUUUUCAAAUUGAUAUUUUAAUUAGUUUUUAUUCGUUCUCAAUUGCCGUGAUUUAAAUUUAUGCCAAGAACAAGGUGUCUAUAUUAUCAUAUUUUAUAAUACUAGACCAAUUUUACAAACUUAUAUAUAUCGAAUCAUGUUCCAAUAUGCAAAAUAAUUUAAAUAUUUUUGCAUCCGACAACCUUCUGACAGAUUCAUCGUUUAGCUGAAUUUUGGAAGGCAAGGUAAUAUUAUUAUUUCGCGUGUUUUCAAUAAAGCAACUAUCGUGUCAAACCUUGUAUAAUAUUAAGUUAUCUGUACAGUGUACACGUCCACACAGUUUAAUCUCGUUCGAAAUCAUUAGGCGUACAAUUGUUCAUAUAUUACCAUACAGGUUUCGGAAUUCCGUGUAAAUAUUUGCACAUUUCUUAAGAAAGUGCAUAUUAUCAAUAAUUUUAUUUGAAACGAGUUCGUUCUAUAGCGUAAUUAUUUAUAAAUAUAUAUAUAGAUUAUACAAUGUACAUAUACUAGUACACACAUAUUCAUACAAUUUAGAAUUUAUAUACAAUACAUAUUCUUCCAGAUCCAAUGCUUAAAUUGGACAAAAAUUACAAAGGGGGCGGAAAGAGAGGAAAAACAAUUUUUGCAAAUUAAAAGAUUUAAACGUCUCGAAGUUCAUCAUAUACAAUCACAAUAUCUUUUCGCCACCAAAAAUAAUGGUGAUAACAAAUAAAAGUCAUGUACAAUUUUAGAGCUGCUUAUUUCUUAAAUUUUCUAAAAAAAGAAAUUCCAAAAAAAGUUAAAAUUUUCCGAGAAUGUCCCAGAAUUUUCCGUUAUGCUAUUCACCCUUCACCCUGUAGAGAUAUAAUAAGUCCAUUACGAAAUAGUGAAUAAAUAGUCCGCUGUGAUUUGACUAUUCAACGAUAAUUUGACUUUAAAUUCGGUAAAAUUAUAAUAAUUCCUUAGUUUUUUUUUCGGUAUUUAAUACAAUACCAAUACUACCGAUUUUAUACCGUUAUUGGCGUUAUUGCCGUUUAUUUUAACGUUAAAUAUAUUAUUUAUGUAAGUAGGAAAAAAAUAUUGGUAAAAACAUUUUUGAAGUCGGUAAAUUUGGUAUUAACAGUCAGCACAUUUUUAAACACACCUCCUCCGACUGAUUGUAUAGUGGUGCAUUUUUAACACGUCGCGCGCCGUACCGCCACACAAAUGAAACUCCACUACUCUCUUCCAACCAAAAUUUAAAAACGGAAUAUCUCGUCAACGGCUUGACGGAAAUCAAAAAUUUUAACUAGCACUCCAUCUAUUUAUGGAAUUUUUAAUACAGAUUGCUAUUUGAAAAUCAAAAGUAGGUAGUGGUUUUACCCCCAAAAUAAGGUUAACAAAAAAGAAUAUAAAUAUAAAAUUGUAGAGCACCUUGUUUCUUAAAUGUUCUGGAAAAUCAAUUCCGAAAAAAGUUAAAACUUUCCGAGAUAAUGAGUGUACCCACUUAAAUGGAUCACUCAGUACAUUUCUGAGUUCCAAACAUUUUAAUUGCAUUAUUUAAAACUUUUUCAAAAUCUAAAGUUGACUAUUGAGUAUUAGUUAUUAUUAUUAUUAUUUUUAUUUUAGUUUGGUUUGAAAAAGGUAGUCAAGUUUAUACUAAAAAAUAUUAAAAUUGAUACAUUUUAAAUGUGUAUAUGUUUGCGUAUAACGUAAAUGUAUCCUAAAUAUUAUGUACCGCAUAUUUUUCUGUUUUUAUAGCAUUAAGUAUAUGUAUAUAGGUACCGAACAUAUUUGUUUUUUAGCGCCGAUCCUUAAAAGUAUUAUAACUAUUUAUUGCCGAAUAGUUCUUUGCGGUUAUCGUGCUCAAGUAUCAUUACGUUUAUUUUAUAACCGUCUUCGGAUAUGCGUAGGUAGGUAUUUGUUUUUAUCUUGGAACGUCAUAUUAAGCAUAUUUUUCUGUCGGAUGCAAAAUUAUAGACCGGAAAUUUUCAGUGAAUACCUACUGCACGUACAUUCCCCACCAAUAGAAAACAUACCAAACUUACCUCUUUAACUUUUGAAUUUUCCCCAUUUAUCCAUUCUCCCACUAAUGAAAGUAUUUAUGCUAACUAUACCUGUAUAAAAAUAUUUUGUUACAAAAUCUAUUAAUUCAAUAAUUUACCCUUUAUUUUUUAACGAUAACGCUGUAAGUAAAAUUUUACUCUACUGUUACUGUACUGCGCCUAUGGCUUUACUGUUAGUUCAUUUGAACACAGAAACUUUAAAAAAAAAAAUGUCCUGAGGCACAGUACCAAAACAAAUUAUUUUUAACAAUGACGGUGAUGGCCAAUUUAUUUAUUUUUUCGUUUAUAAAACCUACUCGCCUAUAAUACAAGUAUAAUAAUAAAGACGGGAGCUUAACAAAAAAAAAAAAAACACGGGAUACAAUUUCACGCCGGCCCACGACCCUUAUCCUGCGAACAACGCCCCCGGGUUAUUUCUAUUACAUAAUAUACGUAUAUCUACCGACAGAAUGUCACAACGAAUGUCGAAUGCCUACUAUAUUAUGUCUAUCUAUAUACCCAUAGACACAUACUUUUUUUACUAUAAAAAAAAGUGAACAAAAAACAAUUCCAUUAUCCAGCGAUUUUCUCGGAAGGAUUGUUUUGAUUGUCAGAUUUCCUCGCACGUUUUUAUACGGACCGGGAAAUUUGUUUUCAUAUUUCAUCAGUCGGCUUACCGUGUAUAAUGUCGUUACACGGUACAAUAACGCGGCGCACGUGUUGACCAUUUUACGUGCACAUAAUUUCGGUGUGUAAUGACCUCGAUUUUCUGCAGGAGAAAAAAUUUAAUUAAAAUAACAAUAUUAUUUAAACAUAUUUUUUAGGAUUCAUGGGAGACCCUGGUUGUGCUAUCAGUUCAUAAACUAUAAAAAAUAACCGAAAGUUGUAAAUAUUUGAUAAAUCAAUAUAUACAAGUCGAGAGUUAAGAAUCAUGUUCAAUUUUAUAAAUUUCUUAAAUAGAUGGUUAUCCUGUGGAUCCUGUAUGUAGACAAAAAGAACAAUAUUUGUUUUUGUACUUAAAAAAGUAAAAUAUACUACAAAAAAAUGUAAUUUAAUAUAUUACUAUUUUACGGUUUUGAAAUAUAUGAUAAUAUUACGGAUAAUUUAAAUCACAAUAGAAACUAUACAUUAUAUUACUAUUCACGUUAAAAUAUAUAAUUAUUCAGGUACAAAUAUAUAAGUACCUACCACAAUCGACUUUUUCUUUAAUAAUUUUUAAUAAAAAUAUAUUACUUUUACUUUUUAGUGUUGUCUAUGUUCGGCAGUUUUUUGAUAUUUGUAUCACAACAUUCAAUUACGGGUAUAAAUUAUAUUUCAGUUUUUUUUUUUUUGUAUCCGUGUGAAAUUUUAAUCAUGCCUUUUUUAAAACUAAAAGAAAAUUAAUAUUUUUUCUCCUUUUAAUCUUUUUCUUCUUUUUUCCUGUAACUAAACGCCUUGUUGCCUGUUGGCUACUAAUAAAUUAGUAAUUACCGUAGAUUUUAUAAAGCACUCGAAAAAAUUAAAACCUUAUAACUGCAGCGCAUGUUUAGGUAUGCAGUGAUUCGAAGAAUUUAAUCAAUAAUAUAAAAUAAAAAGGUUCUUUUGAUUGGGAAAUCAAUAUAUAUAUAUAUAUAUAUAUAUAUAAAAAGGUAAAAUAUAUAAAGUUAUUUAAUUUAUAUUUGUAUGCACUGAUUAAUCGUGUAUAACAAAAAACGAUUUAGAGCGAAGUUCUUUUAAGAUUUUUUGGAUCUGGCUUUUAAGUUCUCACUGUCGAGUUCAGUAUAAUAAAAAAAUUCAAAAUUCCUGGGCAUGCCACUGAAUUACUCAACCUAAUAAUAUUAUAUAAUACAAGAAUAAUUUAAAUGUAUUCAAUUUUUUGAUUAGGUAUAUUUAUAAUUAUAAUUCAACGAUUUAAUAAUUUAUGGUUAUAGAUAUUAUAUUAACGAAUUUGUGAAAUUAAUUAAUUAUGUAUAUUAAAUAUGAAAUAAAUUUUGAAUUUUCUUUUUUUUUUCAAAGCCGCGGCGUACUUGGCAUGCAAAUGAGCGACGGUCUUAACGAACUCGGAUAUCCAAAAUGGCAACUGGCGCUGUGCGUGUUCAUAGUAUACGUCAUGCUUUACUUGAGUUUGUUCAAAGGCGUUAAGUCAUCCGGUAAGUAAACCGAUCGUAUAUAGUGAUAUUGUAAAAGAAUACAUGUCACUCGCUUAACAAAUUGUUAAUCAGUAUAUAAACAAAUUGAUUAAAAACAUUAUUGUGUACACAUACAUUUUCACAGGCAUCGUUGUUUGGGGUACGGCCACAUUACCGUAUUUGGUGUUGACCAUCUUGUUGAUUAGAGGUCUCAUGUUACCCGGAUCGCUUACCGGUAUAACGUACUAUUUACAACCAGAAUUGUACCGCCUUUUAGACACACAAGUAAAAUUAUUCGAUUAAAUGCUAUUUACGAAUACGAGUAUAUUAUAACGUUUCCUUUGGAAUACGAUAUAAGGUGUACGCCAGUCAAUCAUUUUCUUAUGUUUUAUUAUAGGUAUGGGUGGACGCAGCCGUUCAAAUAUUUUAUUCAGUGGGUGCCGGGUUCGGUGUUCACUUAUCGUAUGCAUCGUACAAUAAUAUAAAAAACAAUUGCUACACGUAUGUAUAUAUCUUACAUUCAUAUGCAUGGAUGUCCAUUAAGAGAGGGGGAGGUCACACGAGGGAAAUAUGUUGCUUCCAUGUAAAAUAUUAAAAUCCACAAAAAAUAGUUUUUCUUAAACCUUGACACAUGACGAGUAGCCAAGAUGAUUGUUAUAAUUGAUCUUCCUCUAUUAAUAGACCUAUCAUAUUAUAUUCUUCCAAAACAUUUUGUACAGGUCAUGUGUGCUCUUACCCAUAUCAAUAAUAUAUUUAAUAUUUAUAUAUCAGUCUUGUAUAGUAUUUAAAUAAUUUUUUAGUAUUUAAAACACUAUUUAAAUACCUUUUGAAGUCUUAAACGUAUUUGUAUUUGAAUUUCAAAUACUUUUAUAAAUUUAAAAGAAUAAAUUAUUCGUCGUAUUAUAUUUUAAUGGUUUUUGAAAAAUUUUGAAAAUGCCUCUUGCCGAUGUUUCGUUAUAAUGAUAGGUAGUAAUACUAGUUAUAUAGGUAUGUACCUAAAUAGUUGAAUUUUAGAUUAUAAAUCUCAAAACUAAUUUUGCAAACCUACUUAUAUAAAUUAUUAUGUAAAAUCAAAAAUAAUUUAAUUAUUUUCCAAGUACUGGUAUUUGUUCUUAAAUACUUUUUCUUAAACGUAUUUGAAAUUGAUUUCUUAAUGGCCAUCUAGAUUAAAAAAGCAACAAAAAUGAUCUCUUAUCGUUUUUUUAUUGGAACAAUAUUUCUAGUAAAAAACAUGAAGUGUACAAAUUAUAAUAAUGGAAUAGUCAUAAGUUAUGCCAUUAAUUUUUCAAUUUUCAUUUUUUGUAUUUUUUUGGUUUUUCAUCUUUAUUUUCAAAACUGUUUAGAAAGUCAAAAAGUGACCUCCUUAAAGCACCAACUAGAUUUAACUUCCAAGUGCGAGGCCCUUAAAAUGCGUGAGACCUUGGGUAUAGGCCCUGCAAUUUCUCCCUCCUAAGAGUGGACCUGUAAUAAUGUACGCACAAUUGUAUAUAUUUUUAAAAUUCAGUUAGUUUGUAUUGAAAAUUAUGUAAAAUUAACUUAAAACUUUCUUCCCCGGACAAAUGCAUAUUUUGAAACUUGGUUUCAGUUAGUCUCUCCUUUGAAAAUUAUCCUAUAGGCUUGUAUGUUAUUGUUAUACCUUUGGUAAUAAUAAUAUUCAUUAAAUAAUAUGUUUUGUUAUUUUUAGCGAUUGCUUGAUUACGACGGCUGUCAAUUGCUUCACCAGUUUCUUUUCGGGUUUUGUAAUAUUCACUUAUUUGGGUUUUAUGUCACACAAACAACAUAAACCUAUCAGUUCUGUAGCUACGGAAGGUGAAUGACGGUUAUAAACCGUAUUAGUUUUUAAAUUUAUAUAACAGGACAUUCUUAUUUUUUUCAUUUUCUUUUAUAUCUAUAAUAACUGUUUGUUUAGGUCCUGGCCUGGUAUUUCAAGUGUAUCCAGAAGCUGUAGCAACCUUACCGGGAUCAAAUAUCUGGGCAAUGUUAUUCUUUUUCAUGUCCAUCACAUUGGGCAUCGAUUCCGCGGUAAAAUUUAAAUAUACAAUUAUAUAUUUAUCACUAAAAUAUGUAGAUGACAUUAUUAAAAUCAUUAAAACUUAAGUCUUUAUAGUCGUUAACUAUUUUAAUUUCUGAGGUUAAAGAUUGGAACUUGUGAUUUUUGACUCUUUGACUCAGAACUUUGGCCGGGUAUACAUAAGGGAAAUUUGUUCCAUGCAAAUGAUUACAUGAAACAGGAAAUUCGUUUUGUUAGUUAAAAAUACGUGUAAUAUAUUGGUGUUUCCGAAACUUUAUAUUAAAUUUAUUUUUUACACGAGUUUCCUGAAACAAGCCGUGUUUUGUUUCGCUUGUAAAUGUUUUAUCAUUUUACGAUUAAUUCCAUCGCGUUUCGAAACGAAAAGAGGUUGGUAUGUAUAUUGAUAGUAUAUUGUAUCGUAUAUUGUACAAGUAUCUGAAUGUUUAUUUAAUAAUUUGGUACAAUAGUAACACUAUGUUUUAAAUUAAUUUGGGUUGUACAUAAAUGGAUUGUAUUUUUAUUAUUUUGUAUUUUCUUCCUCAUAUUUAUUCACCACAUAAUAAUAAUUUCAUCGGCAUACGGCACUUAUAGACCGAUUUAAAUGCAUGAAAAAAUCAAAAAAUGAUCUCUUUAAAGAAUCUCCCCAGUCAGAUUUCCUUUCAGAGAAAGUACUAUCGUUGUAAAUCGGAACGAAAUUGCUAUUUACAAGGUAAAAAAAAAAUAAUAAAAAAAUAAACACCGUUUAACAAAAGAAAUCCUAUAAAAUAAUGUCUUUUAUUAAUUUUCUUGUUUUUUGAAACACGUGUUUUGAUUUCUAGCGUACUCAUUAAUUUUUUGUUCUAACUAAACAACAAAAUCACAUUGAUAGUUAAAAAAUAAAUUUUAUAUUUUGUUGAUUAUAUACAAUAUCGAUAGAUAAAUAUAACUAAUUUUAAAUCUAUAGGUAAUUUUAAUAUAUUAUAGGUAGGUUGUAUACAUUUUUUGUUUAUAAUUAUUGUGAAGGAAGGCAAACAUAGAGUAUUUCUGUAGAAUUUAUACUAGAUAAGUAUAUACAUUUCAUUUUUCCGAUAAAUGUCUAUAAUACUUACUUAUUAUAAUUUCAUGUGUGUUUAGAUGGGUGGAUUGGAAUGUGUUAUUACUGGGCUGAUGGACGAGUUCAGUGGUUUCUUUAAGAAUCGUAAAUGGCCACGCGAACGAUUCACGUUCGCGGUCAUAAGUAUAUCAUUUUGCGUGGCUUUAAUAAACGUGACACCGGUAAACAGUUUUAUUACAGAUUUUUUUAUUAUAAUAUCAAUCUGAAUCAAAUUUCUUUAGGGUGGAAUUUAUAUGCUGCAUUUAUUGGACACAUACGCUGCUGGAAUAUCUUUAUUGUGUUCGGCGUUAUUCGAAUGUAUAGCGGUAUCGUGGUUUUAUGGUGAGUCGAUUUGGCAAUAGAGAAACAAAUAUUUUGAUUUAAUAAUUUAUAUAAUUACAUAUAUUGAUUAUUUUUAGGAUUGGAAAAAUUUUGCGACGACGUGGAAAAAAUGAUUGGAAAACGCCCCGGCCUUUAUUGGAGAAUAUGUUGGAAAUUUAUAAGUCCGAUGUUUAUUAUAGUAAGUUUAUUAUCGAAAUUGAAAUAUCCGCAAUAAUAUACAACAAUCCGAUAUUUAUUUAUUCUAUUAUAUACAAUAUACGCGUGACUAGAAAAUUCUAAAUUAAAGUAAAGUUAUCGAAUUAAUUUAUAAUAGUUAUUAACACAUAUAUAUAUGUAUAUAUAUAAUGUAUUAUAAUUUGUUAUAUUUUACGCUUAGACUAACAUUAUUAUACUACACAUAGUAAUGUAAAUAUUUCUUCUAUAGGGUGUUGUGGUUUUCGCUUUGAUUUAUCAUCAACCGUUGAGUUACAACGGUUAUAAGUAUCCGGAAUGGGCCGAAUGGUUGGGUUGGACUCUUGCCUUUUCGUCGAUACUAAUGAUACCAGGAAUGGCAAUAGUGCAAAUGUGCAGAGCAAGUGGAUCGUUUAAAAAGGUAAUAUUGAAAUCGGUGCAGAUAUACGAUUGCGUACGUGUGUCCCUUGUGUGUCCCCGACUGCGUACGUUUGUUCGACUUUGUACGAUUUCUAUACCAGAUCCUGAAAAAUAUUACAAUUGCGUACUAAAAUGAAUGCUAGCAAAACUACUUAACCUGUAGAUUGUGGGUACGUAGGUAUCUAUUGGUGAAAAUUGUGGGUAUUGGUUUUACCUUUGAAGAACGAUUGAGUAAAUUUUGGGCAUUUGUAGAUACAUUUGUGAUACAAAGUUUUUUAGAUCACUAAGUAAGACAUUCGAGUAUACUGAAUCAAACAAAUUUGGAAACAUUUCUAUUUGGUCUAAUAAAUUUAACCACAAAGAUACAGAGUAACUAACAAAUAAAAAUUAUGUAAAAAAAAAUUGGAAAAUUAAAAUGUCUAUAAAUAGUUCAAAAAAUAGAUCAAAUAUUUUUUGAAAAUUUUACCACGUCUUGAAAUGGAAACUAUAAGUUAGCUUAUUCAAGUCAAUACGAUUAUUUUAACAGAAUUAGAUUAAAAAAAAGCUGUCCUAGGAUAGUGGAUACCGAUUUAGCCACUGUUAUAGGUAAUUUAAUGUACAGCUGUAAGUAACCAUUGUUAACGAAAAAACGAUUUUGAGUGGAGUUCAGUUGAUAGUGAUGCUUUGCCAACAAUAUAUCUGUUAUAUUAUAGUAAAAUAAUUAAAUAGUCCUUAUAUAUUUUCUUUAAUAAUAUUUGUUUAAUGUUGUACCUAUUUACCCAGUUUUCCUAUGUUUUAUAGUUUUUCACAUUUUCUGGAAAAACUCUUGGGAAAAGCUCCCCAGUCCGAUUUCCUUUCAGAAAAGAUGCUACACUUAAAAAUCAGAAAAAGAUUUCUAGUAGUAAAGUUGCGCAUAGAUAAAAAAUAAAAAUUUUUGUAAAACCAUCUUCGCUCCACUCAGAAUCUAAAAUAUAGUAGAUACCUUAAAUUUGCACAGAAUACUUAUAUUAUAGUCUAUUAUAAACGUGGUAAAAUUUUCAAAAUAUUUCGUCGAUUGUUCAGUUAUUUGUAGCUAUUUUACAUUUGAGUUCAUUUCAAUAUUUAUUUGGUUUAUGAGAAUAGUCGAGCAAAAAUAAUACUUCAAAAUAUUAUACGGGGUUUAUCAUAAGUUGAACUUAGUGGUCAAAAUAAAUUUGAGCGUAAUGUAGUAAUUUGUAUACUUUUACCUACAAGUAUAUGUUUUAACAGUACAGAAAAUUAUUGAUUAAUUAUUUUAUUUAUAACAUAACCUAUCUUAACCUAUGUAUAACAAAUAAUAAUCACGGGUUGAUAAGCCCUAGAUGUUCUCGGUGUGCCACUUUUUUUUCCGAAAUGGGUCGUGGCGUAAAACAUGGCUUAAUAUUGCCGUGAUAUGGGCAACGAAGGUAAAAUUUCUUCCGGAUUGAUCUUAAUCUUAGUACCAAUCUACUCCUGAUAACAAUAUGUUACCUAUGUAGAUACUUUCCAAAUAAGUAGUUUUGGGAAAUAUUUCAGAGCGUUUUGGCUGGUUAUAACCCAUGUAUAGGCUACGCCACUAGUUUUACGCUGUUAUGAAUGCAGUAACUAUUAUUUAAAAAUACUAGUGAUGAGCCAAUAUGUCUUUUUUGCCGAUACCCAGAUAUUUGCUACCGAUAUAAAACUGAUAACCGAUCCGAUAUUUGAAAUGAAAAAAAUGUGAGCUGAUAUUGAGAUUAAUCGAUAUAUUGAAAAGCCCGAUAACCGAUAUUUACCAUAUUCAUGUUAAUUUGUUUAACAAUAUAUUGUUCAUAAUCAUUUAAACUAUUAGAGUAAAUGGUUAUUUCAUAUUGUAAUAUUAUUAUUGAAAUUAGACGUUCAUUGAAAACAAAUGUAAAAAAAAAAAAAUUGUUUCAAAAAUAUCGAGUCCAAUAUGGAUUUUGAAAAAAACCGUUAUCCGAUACUCAGAUAUCCUCAAUAUCGGCCGAUAUACGAGAUCGGUUUAUGCCGAUACUUACCACUAAAAUAUACUUUGUCGAUUUAUUUUAAUGAUUAUACGUUAACGAUUUUACAGAGAUUAGCGUAUAAUAUUACGCCUGCGAACGAACACGAACUGAUGGAAAAUAACAAAGGAGAAUGUACAAGAUUCCGUUUAAAGCACUGGCUAUACAUUUAGUAUUUUAUUUUUAAUCAAAUGUAUUAAUUUGUGUGUGUUCUUAUAUCGCUUGUGUUCCAUUUAUAAUAUUCUUGUAUUACCUUUUAUAUUUUCCGCAGUAGUUAUUAAAAAAAAAAAAAUUAAAAUAAUAAGAUCUAUAUAAUUUAAAAAAAUAUAAUAAUUUCUAUACUUCUUAAUUUUUAUAUUAGACAUAUAUAGUCAUUAAUAUUUACUAUAAUAAUUAUAACUAUUAAUCUUAUUAAUCAC